UCUCAGUAAUUUCUUAUUAUGGAGUAUAAAACUUGUAGUCAGUCACCAUAAAACUGUUAGGUGUGUCACAUAAAUGACACCGACAUUUUAAAAAACUGCAUUAGAUUUAUCACUUCGUUCCUUCUUUGAUAAUGUAAGCAGCUGGUGUGUGAUGAUACAUAGAUAUUGUGGUCUGUGGAUGUUUUUCCAUAGGUACAGCAAUGGUUGACAGUAGGGAGAAGGAAGAAUUUCUUAAACUUGCAGUGGAUUUGCUACAGCUCAGCAAGACUGAUCAGGAGGUGUGUUGGUUGGGAUCCCUAUAUCAGACUUUCCUCAUCACAAGAGGUAGAUGUACCUCGACAGAUCAGUAUCAGCAGUUCUUGUCUGGAAUAAAGCGAGUUGUAAAGACCAACAUUCUGGACUACAGCAUUGUCACUGUCAGGGAACUACUGGACAGUCCCAGAAAUCUCACCGUGGACUGCACGGCUACCAGUAAAACUGUCAGAGAGCUAGAUAGGAAGAUUUUAUCUGGGAGGUUUGUUUUUACACCUGUGAGUCAAAAGGAUGGACUAGCUGUCAUUCACCUGGAGGAUAACACAGGAUCCAUUCCCUGUCAGUUUACAGAUUUCACUAGAAGGAAGUUGAUAUAUGCCGAAAAUGUAAGGUGUAUUUUGUCGUCAUGGAGACUUGUUAGAGAAGAUCAAGGUACAAACUACAUUGAAGUCAGGAACUUUAUCCAGGAGGAAAAUGAUGACAAAAAAAAGAAAGAAAUCAAAGUAUUAUCAACAACUGACGUGGAAGUCAUACUGGAAAACAAAGAUCAAUUAAAACCAGGCUGUUUAAAUGUAGUUGGAGAAGUCAGCUGUCUCAGUGAGAUUAUCAAAAUUAAAGAGGAUCUAGUAUUUUGCAUCAAACUACAGAAAAAUGUCACCAUUAUUAUUAAGGACAGGAAGUACCUACACUGGCAUGACCUUUUGACCCCACAGAAAGAGUUCCUGUUUUUGGGCCUACUUCCUACUACUCUAUAUAAGGGGACACCUCAAGAGAAAAAAGUUCUGGUUCCCUGGAAGAAAUCUGAUCUUUUAGCCCCUACUGUGGAAAAUAUUGAGGUCAUUUCUCUCUCUAAAUGGUUAAGUGAAAAUUGCAAGGAUGAGAAGAUUUCGUUAUUAAAUCCAGAAGAUUUGACCCGAGUGCCUGAGGACCAAGAGUUUUGUUCCUAUCAGGGAGAGAUAACUAAUGUGGACUUGGAGAACUUUGGGUUGUAUCAACUGGAUAAAACUGUUUGGGUGUUGUUCAGCAGUGUGUCACAGCAUCAUUAUCACAGAAGUUUUUAUCUGGGUUCCCACGUCACAGUGUACAACAGUCAUAUGGUGGCCUCCAAACAGGUUCCCAAGAUUUGUUUUCUCUGCUGUACCUGUAGUUGUAUCCGAGUGUCCCAGUUCUCUGACCUCCCUCCACAAACUAAGGUUUUGAUUGGCUACAUAGAUUUCAGUUCAGAGAGUAGUAAAAUUCUUCUUCGAGAUGAUACAGGGUGUCACAAAUGUCUAAUAUUAAUGGAUCAGGAAAUACAGCAGCAUUCAUUAUCCUCAUUAAAUGGAUGUUUAGUGGCUGUAAAGAGGUACAGUGUGGUGUCUGAAAAGUUCCAAGUUUGUCAGUAUCCAAACCUGGGUUCCUAUGGAGAAAAGAAGUAUGUGUCUGAUGUCAGAGAGAAACUCUAUCUGACGAUGUCAUUAUCUGACGUGGAGGUCUUGAUAGAGAACAAGAGAACUAGGGACAGUGGUAAGGGUGAGGCAGCACUGUGUUGUAUCAUUCACAAGGAAUCCCUGCUGUUAGAGGGAGUGAACUGUGGACAGCCUCGUCUGAGGUUUACAGCUGUAGGCUAUUUCCUGGAUAAGUCCUGGUCAGAAGAGAGGAUUCACAGCUUUGUGAUGGAGGCUCUCAAGUUUUGGGACAACAGGAAUGUGACAAGAGACUCUGAUAGAGUUAAUGGACAGGGUGUUCAGUUUACCUCCCCCCACAUCCUGCUGUUCCAGGGUAAGGCUGUACAGUGGUACGAAGCUCUCCUUCCUGGUCAUCUGUACUGGUUCUCCUCAGGGGAGAGACUGGUACCCGACUCCAUAAACUGCCCUCAGCAGUCUAUAAAGAAGGCAGGGAAACAAGCAGGAGGAAAAACGUGUAUCUCUGUCCCAGAGGAUCUGGGUGUGAAAGAAGAAUUACUCAACUUUAGAUGUACACAACAGAAGUGCUGUGUAUGUUUGAAUAUCUGCCCAGUUACAGACAUUAGUGAAAUCCUCAAAGAGAAUUGUUCUGCUCAGAUUGUUAGUUUGGAGGGUAGAAUUAAGAGUAGAAGACACCUGUCAGGGGAGAACAGACCAUUUUACACGAAGGCCUCCAAGGGUACCUGCUCACAGCUUUGUGUAUCUACCCUAGACAACCAGAAGAUAAGCUUGGUGGUGUCCAGCCGGACUGGAGGAGAGGGGCCGUCUAGCCUGACUGAGGCCCAGGAGGAGGUGGUGGUGUAUAUGGCCUUGAACAACAUCAGUUAUCCCCUGGGUCUUCUGCCUGGUCAUGUGAUCAGGUUCCACAAUCUGGAGAGGAAGGUGUCCCACAGCGGCUCGGUGUACUGUCAGUAUGUGGUCAUUUCCUCAGUGAUAGUUCUAUCAACUCAAUCACAGCAUCUGGAUAGUGAAAUAAACACCAAAGAGACAGAAGAUGCAACAUGGGAGAAUGUUCCUCUUCAGCGACUCUAUGAGGGAUGGAGAUUACCGAGCCUAACAAAGUUACAGUGUGUUUGUCAUAUCCACAAUAUUACAAAGCUGGCAUUUAAGAGCACCUGUCUUAACUGUAGUUCUGUGAUUUACCAGGGAACCUGUACAAAUCAGCUCUGUGAUCCUGGUCAUGGCACCAAUUUCUCAGCUUCUGCAUGUUUUUCUGUAGACGAUGGGACAUCAUUUGCAAGUGUGAAGUGUUACUCUACAGUUGUUCAAAGACUUUUAGAGGUUACAGACAAUGAGUGGUCAAGUUUGGAGGAUGCUGUGAAGAAUCAAGGAGACAUUUUCCUCACCUCAAAUUGUAGCUAUGAAAGCAAUUUGGAGCAGUUUCUACAGUUGUUGCGGGAAGGAAACCACCUUCAUCAGCCCAAACAUUUACUGCUACAAGUAGACAAACAUCAAACAUCCAGAGAAACGUUUCCUCUACAAUUCGAUAGGCACCAAACAUCCAGGGAGAUAUUGUAUGACAUUGACAAGGCUUCCAUCUCAGAUUUUGAGAAGAAGACUGUGGACUUAGGUUGUGGAAAACAGGAAACGAGGUGUCUACCGGUUCCUCAGUUCACUUGCCUAGAUAUCAAAACACUUGACGUCAGGUCUUACGUUGUGCACAAUCUUAAAAAUUCUUCUGAAUAGACAGACAGCUAACAAAAACAAAUUGUUGUUAACAUUUAAGACAGUAUGCUUUUAAAGUUUUGUUGAUAUAUGUGGAGACCUGUUGUUGAGAUUAUUUUGUGACUAUUUCAGUAUUUUGUGAAGUUUGAUGAGAUUCUGGAGAAUAUAGUGUCUUUAUAUGCGAAUCAAAUAAAGUGACAAUAUAGAA